ACAACACUGCUCGGUUUCUUAUUCUGUCACUUCUGGCCUGACUGUGUCUGUGUUUGAUAGCGGAGCUCUUUCUUCUUCUCUCUUUUUUUUCUUCGGGUUUUCAUCCAUAGUGCUGUAGUUUGUGUGUUUUCUGUGUAGAAAAUGCAGAAAAGGAGGAAGCCAGAGCCGAUCCAACUCAACCCGAUCCCGGAUGGAAACACUAUCAACGGCACCGGAGCCACAGAAACAAACUUGGAGGCACUGCAGAAGAAACUAGAGGAGCUUGAGUUGGAUGAGCAGCAGCGAAAACGCCUGGAGGCCUUUCUGACACAGAAGCAGAAGGUGGGGGAGCUGAAGGACGAUGACUUUGAGAAGAUCUGUGAGCUGGGUGCAGGCAACGGAGGAGUUGUCUUCAAGGUCUCCCACCGACCCUCAGGCCUGAUUAUGGCGAGGAAGCUGAUCCACCUGGAGAUCAAACCAGCCAUCAGGAACCAGAUCAUUAGGGAGCUGCAGGUGCUACAUGAGUGUAACUCCCCCUACAUUGUGGGCUUCUACGGAGCUUUCUACAGUGAUGGGGAAAUCAGCAUCUGCAUGGAGCACAUGGACGGUGGCUCCCUGGACCAGUCGCUGAAGAAAGCAGGCAAGAUCCCAGAGCAGAUCCUUGGCAAAGUCAGCAUCGCUGUCAUUAAAGGGCUGUCCUACCUGAGGGAGAAACACAAGAUCAUGCACAGAGAUGUCAAGCCUUCCAACAUCCUAGUGAAUUCCCGGGGUGAGAUCAAGCUGUGUGACUUCGGAGUGAGUGGACAGCUCAUAGACUCCAUGGCCAACUCCUUUGUGGGCACUCGCUCUUACAUGUCUCCCGAGCGAUUACAGGGCACCCAUUACUCUGUUCAGUCAGACAUCUGGAGCAUGGGUCUGUCCCUGGUUGAAAUGGCCAUUGGUCGCUUCCCUAUCCCACCGCCUGAUGCUAAGGAACUGGAACAGAUUUUUGGCUUCCCGGUGGAAGGGGAAGCAGCCCCCAGCGAGUCCUCCCCAAAGCCGCGGCCUCCUGGGCGACCAGGCAGCUCAUACGGACCUGACAGCAGACCACCAAUGGCUAUAUUUGAGCUGCUUGAUUAUAUAGUCAACGAGCCUCCACCAAAGCUACCAGGGAUAUUUAGCUCUGAAUUCCAAGAUUUUGUGAACAAAUGUUUGAUUAAAAAUCCUGCGGAGAGGGCAGACCUCAAACAGUUGAUGGUGCAUCCCUUUAUCAAGCAGUCAGAGGCAGAGCAGGUCGACUUUGCAGGCUGGUUGUGCAGCACCAUUGGACUCAAUCAGCCUGUGACACCCACCCACGGUACCGCAAUGUGAGACCUGUUCCAUUAACAAACCCCCAUAUCCAAAGGUCCUCUGUUGACUGGAUUUGUAUUAUGGAUAAAUGUAUCUGUUUAUACUGAGUACUCAAUGGGUUAA